AUGACGAAGCUGGUGGAUGUGCACCUUGAGUCAUCCCUCAUUCUUGGCAUAUCCCAUCCAACACCUUCCUGGCGGGGACGUGAUCACACACAGCCACUUGAUGCAAACAAGGGUCUUAUUUUGGCUCUGCAGGUGUCGUGGAUCAGACAGCGAGACAUCCACAUCCUGACGGUGGGUCGCUACACCUACACGACGGACCAGCGGUACGAGGUGAUCCACUCCCAGGGUUCCAAAGACUGGAUCCUCAAGAUAAAGUACGCCCAAGUACGAGAUUCGGGGAACUACGAGUGCCAGGUGUCCACCAAGCCCGUGAGGUCGUACACGGUUCAUCUCCAUGUCUUUGCUCCCCUGGCAGAGAUCAUCGGAGCCCCGGACAUGCACGUGGACAAGGGCUCCACCAUCAACCUCACGUGCGUCAUUGCCCACAGCCCGGAGCCGCCUGCCUACAUCUUCUGGUAUCACAACGGCAAGGUCGUGAACUACGAAUCCCCAAGGGGCGGUGUGACAGUGACGAUAGAACGAGGCAACACAUCCCGCAGUUCCCUCAUGAUACAGGAAGCCAAACCUCCAGAUACAGGGAAUUACACCUGUGCCCCUUCCAACACUGCCCCGGCUUUCAUUCACGUACAUGUACUAAAUGGAGAAACCCCGGCAGCCAUGCAGACCAACAGGGGCGUGGCCAUCGCUGCCUCGCCCCUUGGACACGCCCUCCUCACAUGCCUCCUGAUGGGCGUGCACCUCGUCUUCCUCGUCGAGAACCUCCUCCUGCCAGGAACAUUCAGAGGAGGCGGAGACAGAACGUAGGCCUAUCCCCAUGCCUAUAUCUCUCUUCAUCAUAUAGGCCUAACUACAGUGAUCUCCAUCUGCUAUCUCUGCUAUGACGAUGGGUCGUCGCCUUUACAUGUACAAAUUACACAAUGAGUUCACUUAGUAACGAUAUAACGAUAGUAGCUAAGUGUGUGCGUUUCCUUGUUCGGUCGUUGGCCAGUUAGCGCUCGUUGGAGGCACGUGGUGGGACUUUUUGAAAUACAAGGAAGGAAAAAGAGACGACAAAUUUUCUUUGUUUACCUUUAGAGCUCUUUGUGCACGCUUUGUGGUUCUUGGAUCGACAUUAUCUUGUUUCUUAGACUUUUGCGACACGUUCACAGAUCAAGGAAGUUGUUACGCACAUCCUGCUGAAGUGAGGAUCCGAAAAUAAGGUAAUUCAAGUGGAAAUGAAGGUGAUUUACUUCAAAUAUCCUCUCGGAACUGUUACAUAAUGAGUGUAUCGAGAUUGGAAUACGUUUUUUGGAACAACACCAGAGGCAGAGAUUUUGAAAUUGCUCCUCCAGUUGGCAUCCAACUUGAACACAUAACUGAAGGCUAAAGUAAAGACUGCUAAUCUCUUUUACGCAACGACUUCUACUGCCAUCUAAAGAAAAAAAAAAGCAUACAUUUAACAAAGAGAUUUUUUACCAUGGCAACACUUAGCUUACAGGAGAUACCAAAAAAUAAUUUUGUGAGAAGCAAAUGAGAGGAAAACGAACAAUUUCCUUGUUCUUUUUUCAAAUUUCGCAGCAAGUGAAGAACACUGAUUAUUGGUCAGUGAAAGGAAAUGCCAUAACAUCAUAACAUAUACUUGUUAAGCAAAGGAAACAGAUAAGAAAGUUCUCUUGUUCGGUUCACCAAAAGAACAAAACAAAAAACAAACAAACAAUGUGUGAUUCAGAAAUAAUAAAUAAAUCGAUGAAAAAAAACAACAACUUUACUUUGUCAGGAACAAGA